CUGCAAUAAUUAAUACCCACGUCUAUGAAUGUUGAAGUCAUUAAGGUUAUCAUCAACUUUUCUUUUUACUUUUUUUGAUGACUACAACAUUUAGUAUAAUUUUAAUUAUUUAUAUACCUAAAUAAGAAAAUGAGUGCAUUUAAAUAUAUUUUUCAAAUAUUACUGGCAUUAAAUUAUGUGUGCACAGUGUUUUCAAAUGAAAAAAUAGUUAUCGUAGGUGCAGGAGCAUCUGGGAUAGCAACAGCUACAAAAUUAUUAGAAAAUGGUUUUAAUAACAUAAUAAUAUUAGAAGCAGAAUGUAGAAUAGGUGGUAGAAUACACACAGUAUCUCUAAAUGGUACAUCAGUCGAUCUUGGAGCAGAAUGGUGUGAUGGUCAGAAAGGUAAUGUUGUUUACGACAAGUUAGAAGAGUUGGAUCUAUUGAAUAUGUUAAGACAUGAGCAUUUUCCUGUUCAAUUUUACAGUUCCUCAAGAUCGAAUAUAAGUUAUGAAUUUUCUAAAGAAUUGACUAACGUUUUCAAGAUGGUUCAUGAUGGUAUCGAGGAGUCGACGGAUAGUUUAGGAGAUGUAUUUCAAAAAAGAUACAACCAACAAAUAUCUGAACUAUACAAGACCAAACCGGAAAAAUUUCACAUCGCUCAACAAGCGAAUAAUUACUGGGCUCAUUUACUAUUAAGAACAAGCGGUUCAUCUUCCUGGCACGCCCUUGCUUCCAAGGAUCCCGACUACCAAAACAAAGCAGGCCAUUCCCCAGGUUGGAAAUACGGAUACAUUUCAUUCCUGGACGCCUUAAUGAAAAAAUAUCCAGACACCGCUCACCAACUACCCAUAGACGAUAAAAUACACCUCAACAAAGAAGUUAUAAAGAUAACAUAUACAGAUGACAGCGCUCCUGUCACAAUUUUAUGUUCUGACAAAUCAAUGUACACUGCGAAACAUGUCGUUGUUACUUCAUCAUUGGGGGUGCUGAAGCAAAAAGUUGAAAGUUUAUUUGAACCGAAAUUGGAUGAAAAUAAAAUCAAGGCGAUCAAAAAUAUUGGAUUCGGAUCUGUGGUUAAAGUGUUCGUUACUUUUAAUGAAAAAUGGUGGGGAAAUUUGCCUGGAUUUAAUUUUAUAUGGACUGAUGAGGACAGGGCUGCAUCCAGUAGUAAAUUUCAACGUGGUCCUAGAAAUCAGAAAGGAGAAUCCUGGAUUGUGGACAUCUUUUAUGUAUUUGCUAUUCCAGAUUCAAAUAUACUAUUAUGUUAUUUUACGGGUGAGAUGGUAACUCUUCUAGAAACGAUGGAUGAACUAAUAUUAAAAGAUGGACUUCAUUAUACAUUCAAUUUAUUUUUGGGACAUUUCUACGAUAUACCAAAACCUCUAAUUUUAAUAAGAUCUAAUUGGAAAUCAAACCCUCACUUUUAUGGAACGAAUUCGUUUCCAUCACUUGUUUCAACUCGUGAAGACCGCAGAAACUUAGGAAUACCGAUACUGAACUUCAAAGAAGAACUAGUUAUCCAAUUUGCCGGAGAGGCUACUAGCGUUAACCAUUAUUCGAGUGUACAAGGUGCUAUUGAAAGUGGCUACAGAGCAGCUGACAAACUCAUUAAACUUUACAAAAAAACAUAAUCUUUAAAAUUAUAUGACUAAUUAAUAAAUAGAUUAAAAUUUUUGAUAGAUAUUGAUGGAUAUUGAUAGACAUA